AUGUUCAAUUACUCGCAAGUUGCACGCAACCACUUUAUCCCUUCUGCCACGCAAAAGCUGCACAGAAUGUCCGCUUCACGACAACGUUGGCAUGCCAUCCUACCGUUGCAGUCCGUUCUACACCCUCCAGUUCUCCGUGCACAGCCUGGGAUCCGAGAUUACUCCAUCUUUGAGGACUGGAAAGGCAGUUCAGCGGAAGAUCACACACGCAAGCGAUCGAAAAGAGGCGAUACAGAGGAUGUACAUUCAGAGGCAGCAGCCUCCGGAUUAAAGGAAAGGAAAACAAACCAGGGUCUUGCAGAUGACACCAAGUCACAGGGAAUGACAGAGAGGGGCGGAACCAAAUAUGGGAAGAAGGCUAAAGAGCAGCACCCUAAAGCACCAGAGCCGGUCAUUGGCAUGAAUGAUGAACGGUCAAAGAAGGAGAGUUGA